UUUAUUAGCCACUAUUCUCAAUUACCACAAGACUUCGCCUGGGAGCUUCUGGAUAACUGUAAUUUAAAGAGGAAUCUAGGGGAAACUCUAUAUAAUGGAUCAACAAUUUAACAGAUUUCCGAGUCCCAAGGUGUCCCAAGAAGAGAGUGACCAUUACUAGAUCCCAUCAAAUGGAGAGAAGGUUACUAGAAGCAGCUCGAAAGGGCAAUAUCGAAGAACUGAAUGACUUGAUUGGAAGCAAUGGGCUCAUCCUUGAGGAGAUGGCUCUCAAAGGAGCAGGUCACACGCCGCUGCACAUGGCUUGUGUAGCCGGCCAUAUUGAUUUCUUCCGAAAGCUCCUGAAGUUGAUGCCCAAGUUCGUGGAAAAAGUGAAUGCAGAUGGUUUCAGCCCGUUGCACAUCGCAGCAGCUCUAGGUGAUUUUGAGAUCGCGAGGGAGCUCUUGAGAGUGGGUCAACACCUGUGCUCUGUGAAGGGAUGGGAGAGAAGAAUCCCUUUGCAUUAUGCCGUUGUUAAUGGGGAGCUCGAUGUCAUGAAGUUAUUGCUCUCCGCUUUGCCUGAAUCCAUUGAAGAGACAACUGCCCGAGAAGAGACAGCACUUCAUCUCGCCGUGAAGAACAACCGGUUUGAAGUGCUGGUUGAAUUGGUGGGGCAUCUGAAGCGGCACAAGAAGCAGCAAGUCAUCAAUUGGCAGGACAACAAAGGCAACACUGUCUUGCAUGUCGCUGUCGCCAUACAAAAUUUUGAGGUGGUUAACUUCAUGCUUUGUGGUUUUGCUCGGGAGUUUGGGAUCGUGGACGUGAACGCAUUGAACAAGAGUGGCUUAACCCCUCUCGAUGUCUCAUCUCGCUCUGAUCAAGAGAUUAGAGAAUUCCUCAUGCAAGCUGGAGCCAAAUACGGGCAAUCAAACUUGCUUUCUUCACAAAUAGACCUGGUGCACCGCGAUGAAGAUAAUAAUAACGGCAUUACCAGCUAUCAACGGUCAUCACCACUAAAAGAUUCGAACCGGGGAGAAGAGUCGUCAGACGACAAAGUUAGCAACCUGCUGGUUGUAGCCGUGCUCAUAGCAAGUGCAACCUUCCAAGCCGUGAUUCAGCCUCCAAUCCUUUUUAAGAAAUUCAAAAUUCAUAUCAAGAAUGGCUUCGUUGCAACAGUCUCAUCUUUCUUAACAAGUCCCGUUGGCACGGAUUUUACUUUGUGUAUCUUCCUGGGCAGCAACACGUUCGGAUUCUUGUUGUCUGUUCAGAUGAUCAUUUGUCUCACCAAAAAACUUCCAUCAAGGUGGCCGCUGGUGCUCUCCACAGCCGCGAUGGUUCUUACUUACCUUAACUGCAUGGCAAACGUGCCAGCCAGGUCGUUACACGAUGAAGAAUACAAUCCUCCAAGAGCGUUCUUGAUAUUCAUAGUGGCGAUCAUCAUAUCAGUUGCUCUUCUAUUAUUACAGAAUAAAAUAGCACGAGUUUUAGAUGCGGUACGGGAACUAUUCUCGAGACCAGCGUCCUAGGUUCUAUGGACGGUCCACAAAAGAAGUUGUCGUCGUUAAAGAUAUCUCCCUACGUAAGGGUUGUGCAAAGAAACGCAAACUGUAUGCAGCGUUGGAAUUGAGUUUGUCGGUAACGCAGGGUAUCGAUCUGAUACCCUUGGGUUGUCUCCAGUUGAUAGUGUAAUGUCCGCGAAUGCCUUAUCUUAUUUUUCUUAUUGAAUGUGUCUUGAGCUUAUAGCACAUCUUUAUUUUAUUUUAGUAUAGAAAAUA